AGAGAGAGAAAGAGAGUUGAGCUUGUUUGAGAUAUCGUCAAAACACUAGAGACUUCCAGCGGUGACGGCGUCGACUAUCUGCGGCCUAACUGUUGCUUCUUGCUUCCGACGCAGCACUUCCGGCGACUCCUCUAUUGUUGAAGGUGUGAUGGAGAACAUGGGGACAUACGAUGAUUCAAAUGUAGAUGUUGGUUCAGUAGUUGAAGCUAUUUGUUUGGACGAUGUUGACACGCCUCUGUACAAGGUUGAAAGCCUUUGUAUGCGCUGCGGUGAAAAUGGGAUGACAAAUUUUUUAUUAACUCUAAUUCCAAAUUUCAGAAAGAUAUUGCUGUCAGCAUUUGAGUGUCCUCAUUGUGGUGAGAGGAAUAAUGAGGUGCAAUUUGCUGGUGAAAUCCAGCCACGAGGAUGCCGUUACCAGUUGAAUGUCCAAUCAGGGGACCUAAAGAUGCUCAAUCGUCAAAUUGUGAAGGCAGAACUAGCAACAAUUAAGAUUCCUGAGCUGGAUUUUGAGAUUCCUCCAGAGGCUCAACGUGGAUCUUUGUCAACUGUUGAAGGGAUACUACUACGAGCUGCUGAUGGACUGGAUGUCCUUCAAGAGGAAAGAAAGAAAGUGGAUCCUAAGACUGCUGAAGCAAUAGAGUUGUUCUUGGUAAAAUUAAGAGCUUGUGCAACAGGAAAAUUAUCCUUUACCUUUAUUCUCGACGACCCUGCUGGAAACAGUUAUAUUGAGAACAUCUUUGCUCCAUCUAUGGAUCCAUCAAUGAACAUCAAAUUCUAUGAGAGAACUCUGGAACAACAAGCAGCUUUGGGUUAUCUUUCUGAUUCUUCAAAGACAGCAGAAGGUGCUGAGCAAAAAUUUUCAGUGGAAAAUAAAGAUACCCCUUCGACUGCUACAACAGAACCUCAUGGAUCAGUUGGAGCAGCAGCAGCAGGUCGUAAAGCUAUUGCUGAGGGUAGUAGUGCAGAAAUGGUCGAAGCUUUAUUCAGAUAUUCUGCUCCAGAAGAGGUGAUGACAUUCCCAUCUUCAUGUGGAGUUUGUGCGAACCAGUGUGAGACUAGGAUGUUUGUUACCCAUAUUCCUUACUUCCAAGAAGUAAUUGUUAUGGCAUCCACUUGCGACGGCUGUGGUUACCGCAACUCUGAGUUGAAGGCUGGUGGAUCUAUUCCUGCAAAAGGAAAGAAAAUUACUGUUUCUAUCAAGAACGUCACCGAUCUAAGCCGUGAUGUCAUAAAGUCAGAUACUGCUGGUGUUAUAAUCCCAGAGCUUGACCUGGAGUUGGCUAGUGGAACAAUGGGUGGACUUGUCACCACUGUUGAAGGUUUAGUCACAAAAAUUAAUGAAAAUCUCGAGAGAGUGCACGGGUUCACGUUUGGAGAUAGUCUGGAUGGAAAUAGAAAAACAAGGUGGCAGGACUUUAGAGACAGACUUAAUAGGCUUCUGAGUAUAGAAGAACCAUGGACAUUGAUCAUUGACGAUGCACUAGCAAAUUCAUUUGUCGCACCAGCAACUGAUGAUAUUAAUGAUGACAAACAAUUGAAAUUUGAAGAAUAUGAAAGAUCAUGGGAUCAAAAUGAAGACUUGGGUUUGAAUGAUAUGGAUACCUCAUCUGCUGAUGCUGCUUAUGAUUCCAUCAAUUUAUCAUCGAAAAACUGAAUGGUUGGUUAUAAGUUAUGUGAUCGGAAAUUUUUUGUUGAGAAUUUUGAUGGCAAUAUUUUGAUUUUAGACUUCAAAUUUUAUAAUUUUAUAAGUUAUUUGAUUUUAUAUGAUUGAUUUUUGAGCUUUUCAGUACUUGUGAUUUUGCAUGUUGUAGUAAUAUUGGUUUUACAUUACAAUGUCAAGUGUCAUAAUCGAACCUAUAAUUUAUAAUGUU